GUCAGAAGCGCCCGUGGGCGAUACUCAAAUGGUCCACCAUACUUUCUGUCCCAUAACUCACCGUACUUAUUAUCGUUACCUUGAGCGGAUAAGAUCCCCUACCAGAGUCGGGGCUGUCACGCAAACGAACAACAAUGAGUCUUGACCAGAAUCUAUUCACCCUUAACCUCGCUGCGAACUCGGAGGACCCGGACGUUGUCGACCUCACCGAUCCGGCGGGCACAGUCCAUUACGCGAAGCGAAGGGUGCAAGGAGAGACGUAUACGGUUGAGGUUUACGAUCCUCUCUCUACUUCGUUGCUUGCUACCGCGACCGCGCCACACGCGACAAGCAAGCACAAGACGCUGCAAUUGCAUAAUCCCGACGCUGUAGUAGAGCUGAGGUAUACGGGCACAUUGUCGUUCAAGUGGGUAUUCAAGUGGGAGGAUCAUGACUUCGAGUGGCGACGCGAAGAAUGCUUCAUCUUGCGCAAGCCAGAUCCAGCUGUCCUCGUGGCAGUCACGAAGGAGCCGUCCGGACGACUGAAGACUUCGUCUGUGCAGAUUCUCGACUACAAUCUGAACCGUUUCGACAUCGAAGACCGCAAGGGUCUGGAAAUCACCAUUCUCACUGCCCUACUCACGUUCCAGGAUACCAAUGAGGCUUACCAUACCCCGCGUCCCGACGAAGCCUCCAGUGCGCCCAGCAGUACUAGCAAGCCUCUGUCAAGUCUCCUGAGUCUUGGCACGAGACGAGAGGCGAGCAGCUCUCCUUCGGGCACGCCCUCACCCGCACCGCCUACUAUUCCUCCCCGGCCGCCACCACGCACAGGUAUAGAGCGCGUCGCGGAGUUGCACAUGCUGCGCACGCUCCAGGGCGAAGGCGAGGCAAACGAGAUGGAAGUGGGCGAGGAGGGCGCAGUGGAGGACCACGCGCAGUUUGCGCAGCGGUUGUUGCAGGAUGAGGCAAUGCUCUUCAUCACGGUUCGAUCCUCUUCGGCUGCGGAUGUUCCCAAGGUGCUUCGGGUAGUGGAAGAGACGAAACGUCUUCGCUACAAGUCUGGUAUGGAAGAGGAACUCCAUCAAUACGUCUCUUACGACACAUCCAAUAAAGCGAAAGGCCCUCGACGAAUCAACCUAAACGAUCCGAAUCCGAAGGGCAAGAAUCGUAGUCAAGACGGCUACACUCCCCCCGAAAGCCUCGUCAUACACCUCAGCAAGAUCGACAUGCCUGAGCUGCGCCCCCGAGCAGAAGUGAAAGACCCCGGGCCGGAGCUCGGUUGGGUGCCGGAGACAGCGGGGACCACUGCUCAGGAACCCGCGAAAGGCAAGGGCAAGGGCAAGGGGAGAGAGGACGUGAAGGCACAGAAGCGCGCUGAGAAGGGCACAAGAAGGCAGAGAAGGAGCAGAAGCAGCGUUCAUACAACGUUACGGCCUGAGCCGAGCAAGCAGUCGAGACCGGCCUCGACAUAUCAUACCCCUCCCCACUUGCCGCACCCUUACCAACCUUCACCGUCGCCCUCUCAGCUCAACAAUCCUGGUAUUUAUGCCGCGCCGCCGCCCUUCCCGUCGGGGACAGCGCCGAGCGUACCUAGGUGGAGUCGUCCGCCAGGACCACCUCCACCAACGCAGUCGGGCACGAUCUUGAGUCCCUGGCUGAGGCGUUAAUGUCAGAGUACGCGUACAUACCAUCCCGCGACUCGCGUCGGAUCUCAGGCUAUAGGCUCUGCUACCCACACGAAGGUGCUCACUUCCCAUGAGAACUUCAUAUACGAUCGCACUCCUCUGAUCAACAGGGUCGUAUUUAGGGUCUGCCAAGGGAGUACUUCCGCAGGUUCGAUGCACAUGCAGCUCGAUUGGUGUCUGCGUCACAUCGGUUGCCUCGACCUCUCUCGGCCCAUUGCCAUGUAACACUUACAUACUGUGCUUCCCGCGUGACUGGAAAGGUACCCUUUUGCGUACAGUUAAAGACAAUUCGCCUGUGAACGGACAUAUGGGUAAUAUAGUAUGGACAUGGUAUACAAUGCGAGA